GAAAUUGUUGGCAGCAUUGAAGUCUUCACAACUGCAAAAUGUGGCUGAUAUGUUGGAUCGAGAACAAGGCAAGUUAGAGAAGCGAAAGGUAACCGUAACCCUAAUGACAUCAUGGCACCUUUCCAGCAUAGAGGGUUUGAAGCAAAAGCUUAUAAACUUGCGGAGGGUUCGCCCUGAUCUCAUAGAAGCCGUGAAGGUCCUUGUGCUCCCCUUCAGUGGGUUACAACGCUUCACAUUCACUGAGGAUGUUGAUAUCAUGGUUCUCUGCCACUCUAUCGUGAACAGGCGGUUCGGCAUCACCAACGUAACAGACUCCCUCUACGAUGAGUUCCUCGAUUACUGUAACAAGACGCUUGGAAAAGAAAGAAUCGUGGUCAUUGCUCACGAUUUCAGACAGGAGAAAGAUGAGGUGAGGGCAGUGACGAUGAAUACUUUCAAGCACACCCAGUGGUCCACCUUUGAGAAGGCGGGCCUGGUCAUGAUCUGCGGGAUGAUAGAUAAGAUCCCAGAGAUUCAGGAGAAAGAUUGGAAGAGCUUGGAGAAGUUCCUGGAGGACGCUUCUAAGUCGACUCCUACAAAUGCUGAUAUCAGUCAAACAACGCUUCCCAAGAUAAACACUUCUGACACCAAACAAAAACUAAACAAAUCUGAAAAAGAUAAGAAAGGUAUGUAUAUCUUUGGCACGACAUCAUCAGGUGGCCCUGUUGGGAUGGUAACGAGAUCCCACAAGCUCGCCAUCUAUAUCUGCACCUCGUGGGGGCUAGACAGUGUCAAAGGACUCAAGGAAAAGUUACAAACUUUGUUAAAGCAAUCGUUCUCAAGUUAUGAGAUCAAGGAGCAAGUGCUGCCUUACAGUCGCCCGGAGGAUUUCAAGUUUCCCCCGGAGGUGGAUAAAACUGAUGCCAUGAUUCUCUGCCAUUCGGUGCAGAACAGGGGUUUCUCCAUCACGGAUGUUCAAAACUCAAUCUACGACGAGUUCCUGAAGUACUGCAAUCGAGUCUUUGGGAGAAGUCGCAUGGCUGUGAUUGUACACGAUUUCGAGUACAAGCCUGAAAUCCUAAAAAUCCAGCUUGAGACAAUUCACCGAACCCAGCCGACGACUUAUGAAUUGGCAGACUGUGUAGCUGUGGCAGGACGGCUCAACGUUCCCGAUGUCCAACUCUUUCACGAUAAGUCGACAAGUUUAGAGACGUUUGUCGGGAGAUUACUCUAAAUACGAUGGCAAAGACUUUCGAGAAAACAACCCAAGGCAAUUUCAAAAAGAUAUUAUACUUCCCAAAUUGAACAAGAUCGGAUUACGCUACAUCACUGUUAUGUUCGGACAUUUAAAUAGAUGAAGGGAAGGGCCACUGAAAAUUGCCUCAUGAUGAUUUUGCAAAAUUCUUGUGCUGAUAACUUCUUUUUGAAAAAGAUGUCAGUUGAUAAACAUUUGUCCCUGUCUGCGGGACUAUUGGGAUAAAAAAAAAGAGAGAGAGAGAGAGAGUCGUCUGAGCGAAAACUUUAGGCAUUGACCCUACUAUCAUGGAUUAAGUUAAGUAAUAGAUGCUCAUUUGUUGCGUUGUGACGUGCUUCUCGUAAUUCUGCUCGCACAUGCCUGCUAUACAAAAAAAUUGAUGUUUUUCAUAAUUAUUUCUGUUAUUAAACUGUCCCAUUGUUUAGGUAUCAAAUUCAUGAAUAUGUAAUUGCUUCCAUGAAGUGUGUCGAACCGGACUUGAUCUUUCAUGAUUAAUCUGCCGUGAAGCACUGCAAAAGUAAACAGGCUAGAAGUUUUUAAUCAGCUUCUCUUUAUAGGCACAUCGUUGGAUCGGUGUAUUGAGCGCUAUAUAAAAAAAAACGUAUUAUUAUUAUUAUUAUUAUUAUUAUUAUUAUAAGGCCAGCAAAUGAAGAAGUCGAGCUGAUGCUUUUAUAGGCUUGUAUAUACGGCAUUGAGAUCGUUUAUCGUUUGAUGAAUCUCCUUGAAAUUGAUGGAUUUACCAAGUUUGGACCCCCUACAUGAUUACAGAAAUUGAUUUCAUUUUUAGUGAUAGAAGAUUAAAACGUUUU